UGGCGGCAGCGGCGGCGGCGGCGGCGCGUGGCAGGUCCGGCGGGCGCCAGGCGGAGGCGGCCCGAGUCCGGCCCAGCCUCGUCCCGCCUGGCCCGACCCCGGCCCGCCGACCCGGCCCACCCGGCGCGCCGCGGCGCCGCCCCGGCCCGGCCCCGGUCCCGGCCCGGCGUCUCCUGAGGGAGCGGCGCCGCCGGCCGAGCGCAGGCCCGGCCAUGACCGACUUCAAAUUGGGCAUCGUGCGGCUCGGCCGGGUGGCCGGGAAGACCAAGUACACACUGAUAGAUGAGCAAGAUAUCCCACUGGUGGAGGGCUACUCCUUUGAGGCCCGGAUGGAAGUAGAUGCAGAUGGAAAUGGUGCUAAGAUAUUUGCAUAUGCCUUUGACAAAAACCGGGGAAGAGGGUCAGGAAGGCUCCUUCACGAGCUGCUGUGGGAGCGGCACAGGGGAGGCAUUGCUCCUGGGUUUCAGGUGGUACACCUCAAUGCUGUGACUGUAGACAAUCGCCUGGACAACCUGCAGCUGGUGCCGUGGGGCUGGCGGCCCAAAGCCGAAGAGACAUCCAGCAAACAAAGGGAGCAAAGCUUAUACUGGCUGGCGAUUCAGCAGCUUCCCACAGACCCCAUAGAAGAGCAGUUUCCUGUCCUGAACGUGACCCGGUACUAUAACGCCAACGGGGACGUGGUGGAAGAGGAGGAGAAUUCCUGCACCUACUACGAGUGCCAUUACCCUCCCUGCACGAUGAUUGAGAAGCAGCUCCGGGAGUUCAACAUUUGCGGGCGUUGCCAGGUGGCCCGGUACUGCGGCUCCCAGUGCCAGCAGAAGGACUGGCCCGCCCACAAGAAGCACUGUCGAGAGAAGAAGCGCCCCUUCCAGCACGAGCUGGAGCCAGAGCGAUGACCGGGCUUCCGGACCCACCUUGGGCGUAGCAGACACAGACUGGUGGUUGACCCAGAGGUGCUGAAGAAGCCAGCGAAGUGCACCCACGGCAACUGCCACAGAGGCCCCCUCGCCACGGGCACCUCGUGUGGGCACGGCGUUCCCCUCAGUGUUCGUCUCCAAGCAGAGACAGCUGGGGAGGCUCCCACCAGGACGCUUCUCAUUAUUUAUAUGUUAAUAUGUUUGUAAACUCAUGUACAGUUUUUUUGGGGGGAGGCAGUGGGAAGGUUAGAUAUUACAAAUAGAAUCAUUUGCUGUAAUUCUUAACUGGCAAGCGGUUGGGCCACACAUUUAAAAAGUCUAAACAGUGUCACCUAGUGGAAGCUCUUUCUGGGCAGCUGCCGUCCCGAGGAGCGCGGCCUGCAUGGAGUCACAUCCACAAGGCACAGUAAAGGGGUGGAAUCAUCGAGUGCCUC